AUGGUGAGCACAACCUCAUGCGUCUACAUGCAGCAGCGCUACACAAUUGAAGCAGAGAAUCCUAUCAGUCUUCUUGGCGACGUUGAUGCCAUCGAUAUUCUCGGUGACGACCUUCAACAGACCAAGGAGAGUGGUGGUGCCGCUGCCCAAUCCCCGAGACCAUCCCUUAACCCUCGGAUUCAAUUUUUACGCCUGUCCGCCAUUGUGAGAGGAAGACAGGGUACACCUGGAUCAAUCCCGCCAUAUCAGCCAGCGGCACCAUCGUUGUAUCGCAAUACUAGCGGUGAUUCAGACGGAGUUGAUAUCUGGGACACGCGAGAGCCUUCGCCUUUGCGCAACCUUCUGUAUUCGAACUGGCCGCGUGGGUAUGACUCACCACAAGUUCGACCGAACAACCUAAACCAGCAGCGCAAUUUUCAACGUCUCAAUUCAACACUCCCACAAAGGCCCAAAAGGAUGCCGCAAACUGGGUUUCAAGCUUUGAUCCUAUGCGGCCCUGGCAUCGGCCUCAGCACUUUCACCAGUGUGCCGGCUGAAUUCCCCAAGGCUCUGGUUGAAAUUGCAAAUCGGCCCAUGGUAUGGUAUGUCUUGGACUGGUGUUAUCGAAUGGGUGUGACCGACAUUACUUUGAUCACGCCGCCAACAUCAAAAGCGCCGAUCGCAGCCGCUCUUGCCCAGAACCCGUAUUUGACGUCACUCCCUUCGCCAUCGCCUGAUCUCCUCGCGCCAAAAGAUCUAGAGUUUACUACGCCGACAGCGGAAUUGAUCAGAUUGCCAGAGGUCCAAGCAGCGAUCCAGUCGGAUUUCUUACUGCUACCUUGCGAUUUGAUCUGUGGUAUAUCUGGGGAUGUCUUCCUCGAAACCUACUUGACUAGACUCGGUGGACCUGGUGGAAUCGGUAGCGCCUCGGGUUCGGGCGUCGACCCUGCACGGAAAGACUUGUUCGCUCUGGGAGGCGAACACCGCGGUCGAUGUGGUGGUCUUUCAAUAUGGUAUAAUACCAUUGAUCGCGAGGAGAGUGUCAAGGGCGAGGAGUGCGAUUUCAUGUGUACCACGAAACUCGACUCCGAACACGAUAUUCCACUGUCAAAGUCCUCUGCAGUACAAAGGCUAGGCAUUCUUCGGAAACUCGUCUGGGCCAUGCCAAUGUCUGAACUCUGGGACCAAGCCGAGCAGGAUAAAUCUUGGAAAAUCCGGCAUUCUCUCCUCAGAAAGCACGGCGCGAUCAAGUGCAUGACCAAAUAUCGUGAUUCUCAUAUCUACGUAUUCCCUUACUGGGUCAAAGAGUUUGCAAAGUUGAACGAGGACUUCGAAUCUGUCAGCGAAGACUUGGUGGGAACCUGGGCCAAAGCUGAAUGGAGAAAGCCGAGCUAUCGUGCUCAGCACGGCGCCAGGAAGAUUUUCAAUCACUCGGCUACCGCUCGGGGGGUCAUCCAGCCACACGAAAGACCGAUCGAAGAGGAAAUUGACCUGUUGUCAUUGAGCAGCACCCAAGUAAGCACGCCACCGCCGCUACAAGCCGUCGUCCACCUGCGAACAGCCCGCCUUGCAUCAAGAGUCCAAGCGGAUCCAGAAGAUAGCAUCCUGUCUCCGGACAAUCAAUCUGAUACAGCCGACGAAGAUGGACCUGUGCCCACGCUACCACCGAUUCUCUCAUACAUUCUUCCUUCAUCUCCAGAUGCAACACUCGUCCGACGUGCGGAUACCACACCACUCGUGCUCUCUGUGUCCCUGGCCCUGGCAAAGCUGCCGUCGGUCGAAGAGUCACUUGCCCUCAAGCAAGCCGCCUCUCCUUUUGCUCAUCAAGCUAAGGUUCACCCGACAACAAUUGUUGCCCCACGGGUGACGGUUUCGCGUUCUGACACACUCAUCGACAGCAAUAGCACCAUAGCCACGCAAUGCGUCAUCAAAUCAAGCGUGAUUGGAGCGUCGGUCUCAAUUGGAACGGGGACACGCAUCACAGGUUGUGUGAUCAUGGACGGUGUCACGAUCGGGGAAAAGUGUGUCUUGACGAACACGGUGGUGGGCAAAAAGGCUAAGAUUGGAAGUAAAUCAACACUGCAGAAUUGUGAGGUACAAGAUGGCAAUGUCGUGGCUGCAGGGGUGGAAGGGAAGGGCGAAAAGUACCUCAUUGGCGGUCUUGAAGAUGAAGUGGAGGGUGGAGACGAACUGGGAUUCGAUGAUGACGCAGGAGGUAGUGGCGAAGCUGAUGAUGAUGAAGGGCAAGACUCUGAAUGA